AUGCGCUCCUCCAUCAUUUACCUCGCCCUGGCCGGCCUCACCAGCUUCGCGCAGGCCAACCCCCUGAACAAACCGCCUCCCCAGACCGACCCGCGGGGGCUCAUCACCCGGGGCCUCUCUAACGUCUUCUCCCCGACAAAGAGGCAGGCCGCGGCGCCGCCCGCCAUCCCCCAGGCCGGCGGCGGAGACGUCAACAACGCCAGCCGCAACGUGGCGCUCACCGUCAUAGCGGGCGACACGCUCGGCCAGAUCGCGAGGCUCCUCAACUCAGGCAUCUGCGACAUCGCCAAGCUCAACAACGUUGCGAACCCGGACUUCAUCGAGGUCGGCCAGGUGCUCCAGGUGCCCAUCAACGUCGCGGCGCCGGACAACGACUCGUGCCUCAACCGCGGCGGCGCCAUCCCUCCGCCCGCGGGAGGCAACGCCUCCGCGCCGGCAGCUCCGGCAGCUCCGGCGCCCGGCGGAGGCGAAGGUGGUAAGAAGAACAAGAAGUAA